AUGGGCGCUGGAGCGUCUGUGCCGAGCGACUCGAAUGGAUCGAUGCGUCUGCAGACGCCAUCCCGGAUCGUCACGGCGUUCCUGAACCUGGCCAACAAGCCGCACCACGCACCGUUGGUGGCUGCCAAGACACAAUGGAAAAUUGCACAACCGUUUCCUGUCGGCAAUGGAGAGGUGUCUACGAAUGAGCAGGAACUGCUGCACGUGCUGCAUGACCCCGUGGGGCAGAAACACAUUGGUACUUUCGCCAAAAAGAUCAUGACGUCCGAGUCCUUCUUCUGCUGGGUCGAGAUUAAGGAAUUCAGGGAAGCUCCAUCUAUUGGCUACCGCAAAUCGAUGGCCAAACUCAUCUACCGCAAGUACAUCAAGAACGGGUCAACCAUGGCGCUCGGCAGUAUCACUUCCGAUCUUAUUGCUCUCUACGACAAAAAGAUUGCAGAGUUGGAAGAAAAUCACGGCUCGAGCGCGACAGUCGACUUUUUCGAUCCUCUCAUGGCCAACAUCGUGAACGAUAUGUGUCAAAACACGUUCUUGCGGUUUAAGUCCUCACCGGAGUACGAGGCGUAUAAGAAAGACUUGAAGGAUACAUACAAUAAGGUCACAAUCGAAGACUUUGAGUACCUGGAGCUACUGGGCAGCGGUGGUUUUGGUCGUGUCGUUCAUGCACGCAAGAAGUCGACCGGCAAGCACUACGCUAUGAAGAUCCAACUAAAGACUGGUCUGUUGGACGAGCACCACGAUCAGCUAAGCCAAAUAACUUCAGAGAAGGACAUUUUGCAGAUCUGCCACAACCCGUUUGUCCUAGACAUGCACUACAGUUUUCAGACUCCAGCACACGCCAUAAUCGUGACAGAGCUUGUGCGCGGAGGAGACUUGGGCGACGCGCUCAAGUCGUCACGAGAUGGCUAUAUCCACGAGGAUCGAGUUCGACUUUAUGCAGCCGAAAUCGGUCUAGCACUCAACCACAUGCACGAAUUGGGGCUUAUUUAUCGAGACUUGAAGCCUGGCAACGUGCUGCUUGGGGAAGAUGGACACGUAAUUCUUGCUGACAUGGGACUUGCAGCAGGGUUCGACCCACUGAAGCUGAAGAAAGAAGAGUCUGGGGACUAUCGGUAUACGCCAAUGCAGCCGAAACUCACGCGCCGGAAAACAACUGUCGGUACGCGAGGCUACAUGGCACCCGAGAUCAUAUCCGGUAAGCUAGUGAAACGUGACCAGCGUCCGGGAUACACAUUUGCAGUGGAUUUCUGGUCUCUCGGAGUCACGCUGUUCGAGUUGAUGUGUGGAUUCCAGCCAUUUAGCAUGCAUUCGAGCGGUAACUUCUUCCAAGAAGUGGCAAAUGAGGAGAUCUUCCGACUAUCUCCACGGACCCAACACAAGAUAGAGCUCCAAAAAAUGACACAGGGCGUGACAUUCCCUUUGCAUCUUACGCGAAACGCACAAGAAUUCUUAAAACGCUUGCUGGAGGUGUCAACGGAGCAUCGACUAGGCUGCAACCCUGAAAAGGGAUUCGCUGAGUUUAUGGAGCACUCAUUCUUCGAAACGGUUGACUGGGAAAAACUUAUGAUGAAGCACAUUGAUCCCAAGUUCAAACCUGCCCUGCCACUAUUGAGUGACAAGAAGAUUUACAAUUCGUACGAGCAUAUGAUGUCACACUUUGAUAUGCGGGACAAGGACUUCAUUCGACACGACUGGUACGCUGACCCAGACCCUGAAAUGCAAAAACAUUUUGAUACUUGGGACUACAUUUCGCAGUACACGCUACGAGCCGAGCUGGGUAUCGCCAAGGAGCUCGAUGAGACAAACAUCCCAUACAAGGUGCUGCAGCUUACGGGCGAGGACAGCAAGGCAAAGUUCACGGCGAACAAAUAG